UACACUACAAAAGCCCACAAUUCUCUCCCUUGAUUCUUGUCAUUUCAUUUUUAAUUUCAGAAAACAAAAACAAACACAAUGAAUAGUUGUGGUAACGCUUAUUGUCAUGGUGGUCCUUGCACUUGCAAUUUGUAUUACAAUCAUGAGAAUAACAACACUUCUGCAUACUCAAUGUUGUAUCAUGAGUAUCAUCAAAAAGACGAAAACCAUUCAGAAAACAUGUAUUCCUUUGCCUCUUCUCCUUCUUCUUCUUCGUCUUCAGUUGAUUGCACUCUCUCCUUAGGUACACCUUCCACUCGUCUCAGUAACGAUGAAAGACGACUCCACGAUUCGUCUCAUGAACAACAGCGUCGCUCUUCUUCUUACAUGUCAAAAUGUUGGAAUCUUCUACAGAACAAAAACAAUCAUACUUCAUCAACUCAUCAUCACAAAUCCGGUCGUGGUAGUAGCAACAACAUUAACUCAAGCAGCAACAACGCUGACCCACUUGUUGCCCGGCGUUGUGCUAAUUGCGACACUACUUCUACACCUUUAUGGAGAAAUGGUCCUAGAGGACCUAAGUCACUAUGUAACGCGUGUGGGAUACGAUUCAAAAAAGAAGAGAGGAGAGCUAGUGCAGCAGCUGCGGCUAAUGGAAUUGGAACUGAGAGCAGUACACAACAUGCGAUAAAUGGAUCGUGGGUUCAUCAUUCACAAGGACAGAAAAUGCCAUGUUAUACAUCAGCAUAUGGAAAUCAUGAGUUUAGGUUUAUUGAAGAUCAUGAUGAUCGUGAGUCUGAUAAUGCAAUCUCAUUUUGGCCAUUUUUAGCAUCUCAGCAUUGUUAAGAAAAAAAGAAAAGAAGAUUAUGAUAUGAUGAUGAAGGCAACAUUAUUCAUUUUUCAAAGUUUUUUUUAAAAAAAAAAAAAAUUCAAGCAAAGGAAAAGAGAAUUUUGCUUUUUUUAUUUGGUUUUUGAUUUUGUUUUUUUGAUCGUUAUGAUAUAUAGUUAAGCACAUUUAAUACUUUGAAAUGUGCGCUUUUUGAUCCCUUCUACUUAUGAUUAUUAACAAUUCAAAUGCUAAACUAUUUAAUUAUUGAUGUGUUA